GGAGUGAUCGAGGAUCUGACACAGCUAUGGUCAGAGCCAGUGAACAUCCCACAGCAGAGGACUCAACGCUACAGCUCCUCAGCAGGACUAACACACCGAGAAGACAUUUAGCGGGGAACAUUUCUGAAAUCCAAUGUUAACCUUCGGAUAAUACAGUUUGCUAGGUUUUCUAGCGCUUCAGAGGCUAGCCUUCAGUUUACUAACAGGUGUUCUGCGGUGGAAAUAGCAAAAAUGUCGUCUCCAAGUCCGGGCAAAAGACGAAUGGACACCGACGUGGUGAAACUCAUCGAAAGCAAGCACGAAGUCACCAUCCUUAGCGGACUCAAUGAAUUUGUAGUGAAGUUUUUCGGACCACAGGGAACGCCGUACGAGGGGGGCGUGUGGAAGGUGCGAGUAGAUCUCCCAGAUAAAUACCCCUUUAAAUCACCGUCGAUAGGAUUCAUGAACAAGAUUUUUCAUCCCAACAUCGAUGAAGCAUCAGGGACAGUGUGCUUAGAUGUCAUCAACCAGACGUGGACGGCCCUCUAUGAUCUGACCAACAUCUUUGAGUCGUUCUUGCCUCAGCUGUUGGCGUACCCCAACCCCAUCGACCCCCUGAACGGAGACGCAGCCGCCAUGUACCUGCACAAGCCCGAAGAAUACAAGCAGAAAAUCAAAGAGUACAUACAGAAAUAUGCAACAGAGGAGGCGCUGAAGGAGCAGGAGGAGGGCGCCGGAGACUCCUCAUCCGAAAGCUCCAUGUCGGAUUUCUCAGAAGACGAAGCCCAGGACAUGGAGUUGUAGUGAUCACCUUAAACCCACAGAGACUAUAUUUGAUUUCCUAACCAUGAGAAAAGCAGACUUAUAAUAUUCAUAUUUAAACAAGUUGAUUUUUUUAUUAUUAUUAUUAUUACUAAACAAGGAUUUUUAUGGAUACCUAGCCUUCUGGUGUGUUUGAGAGACACCCCUUGUCCUCUUCUGUAGCUGUUUUUAUUUAAUUUUAUCCCUUUAUUCAAAUGCUUUUCACAAUCUCUGCGUUUAUAAGGUGUGCUGCGUUAGUGUUAGCCAGAGGAGCACCCAUAUGGCAGAUUUUUUAAAAUUAAAACAAAAAAAAAGUCCCACUUCACCCGAAAUCUAGUCUUCAAUCUCUUCAGUUUGUAUCCCACGGUUUUUGACGAAAUGUGUGCGUUUUGUUCCUCAGAUUCCCUUUAAAUUCAUCCCACAAUCAGAUUAUUUAAGGCUGUAUUUUGUCCUAUUUUGGAUACUUUUUUAAGCUACUCAAGUUCUUGUUACAUCUCGUUUACAUUUAACACCAGAAUAGUACAAAAAUACAAGCGAAAAUAUACUUUAAUCAAAUGUGAGUUGAAAACAGGAAGCUGCUGCUAGCUUGUUUUUGGCUAAUUCAGAUCUUUUGCUGUUGUGAAUCCCAGGGACACGCCCAUAUAAGUGCAUAAUUUAACCAUCUCACUUUGAACCCAUUUUCUAUGAGAACAAAACAUUCUUAAGAUCGACUGCGUUACAAACUUUUAGACCUAUACGACCUAUUCUCAAACAGCGGUAUGUGGGCUAGCGGGGUUAACGAUAUUCAUCUCCUGUUACAUUUUCACAAAUGUUUAAUGUUCUGGGCCGGGCUGGUUUAGUCAUGAUUCAGUCCAAGCUUGGAACAAUGGAUUUAGUCUCAGUCCAGUCCGUUUUAAUAGUAAAAAUGUAAACAAUGACGAUAACUAGAGCUACUCCUGGUCUAUUCAGAUGAGCUUUACAAAGGCUAAUGAUAUUUAAUACAGAUGGGGGGCAGCUAAAAUGAAAAUCACUACCUAACAACAACAAAAAAAGCAUUUUUAACAAAUUUUUGGAUCUAGUCACUACUAGAAAUGAUCGGGUUCAGUAUUUGUGAAUUAAUUUUUUUAGAUUUCAGCAAGAAAUACAAUGUAAUUACCGUAUAUUCCGGAGAAUGUUAAAAAAUGCAUAAUAAUUAAGAAAAAAACAAGGUUGUCAGUGUGACCGUAACAAAGAUGUAAUGCGACUUAUAUUCCACAUAUAUCUGAGUAUAAGUCGCAUCCCCGGCCAAACUAUGAAAAGGGGAAAAAAAGUGCGAUUAAUAGUCUGGAAAAACUGGCUCUUGCCCUCCAUCUGGGACUAUGUCGUCAUCUCAUUCUUGGAUCUGAAAACCACCAAUACCAGACUCGAGCCAGGUCUAAACGAGGCAUUUUUUACCAAAUGUAGAUCAAAAAUGGAACCAAGUCUUGAUUAAAAAACUGGACUAAACUAAAUCAGGAGUAAACAGUGCCAAACCAGGACUAUAUCAGUUCUAAACCCAGACUAUACCCGGAAUAUAUCAAUACCAGGAACCAGGUUUAACUAAUGAUAUUAACAAAGUCUAGACAGAAACAACGCAUUAGUGAACCAGCUUAGAAAAACAAAAGCGUCUCUACGAUUAACUCAAUUGAAAAUACCUCCUCAUUACCUCCUUAUUAGUGGUCCAUUUAAGAAACACGAUUUACGUUGGUAGUAUCCGCACCCAUAUGGUAACAGCGCACCAGUGGGAGAGUUUGAGCCGUGAUCUAGAACAUAGUAUUUUUCUACAACUUAUUUCUUGUACAUUUAGGUUAGUGUAAAUACAUCAUCUUCCUUGUACAGUGAUAAAAAGACGGCCUCAACACUGCAAAAUGAAAUACUCCUGUGGUUAAAAUGACUACGACGACGACAACUCGUACUACUUGAUGCUGAAGUCGUUUUUACCAUUGCUGAUGAUUAUUUUUGCGGUGAGAUUUUAGUCACAUAAAACGCUGCUUCUAUAUUUUUGCCUGGUUAGUGAGAUGCUACCUAUUGAAAUGUAUUUAUUUAGAUGGUAGUAAAUAUUUUUCUUUGGGGGGGGGCAUUCUGGUCUGUGACAUAGGACCCGUUUCUGUUUCUCUGUGCCUCAUCGACGUAACAUAAUUUUACACGAUUUCUACACAAUCAUCGUCAGCAGUAAGAAAGCACAUAUUAUAUUUUUACAGUGUACAGUCGUAGUCGGUGCAGAGGUGGGUGGAGUUGACAAAAAACGCAAGGAAUACGCAAAAUACUCGAUAAACGCCGAGUAUUGUGUCAAAAGGAAGUUUUAAUUCUUUCAACAGGACAAGACGUUUGGCCGUUUCUUCAAUUCUGGUCAGAUUGAGUGUUAUUUUGGUGAAACAAAACAGCUACUUCAUAAGAGAAUGUACCAACACUGUAGUGAGAGCAGCUCGGGACAACAAUCUGCUGUGCAUCUCCAUUUCAAAGCUACUAACGACAACUUUGACGAUAAUGAGGUACAGAUCUUAGCCAAAGAAAAGAAAUGGUUUGAGAAGGGAGUUAAAGAAGCUAUUUGUAUUUGGAAAGACAAGACAAUCCAUCUUUAUACAGAAAUCCUCUGACCUAAAUCAAAACAAGGAAAACAAUAGAGCUAGCCAGCGUGCUAACAGGUGUGAGAGCCUGAAUCAUCAUGUUCACACAGUUUAGCUCAAUAAACCUAGCUAACAAACUGAAAAUGUAAACAAUAAGUGUGUCAGUUUCAGUGUCGUUAGCUCCUUCCUUUAGACAGAUACAAGAAAGUGUCCACAAACAAUCUGACCAGAACUGAAGAAAACCGGCUUUUUGAUUACACAGUCGUCCAGUUUGUCUUUUGCUAUGACGAAAUACGAAAACAAAUCUUUAAAAAGUAUAGUAAAUAAAGACUAAAUCAAAUGUAGCCUGGUGUCUACCCACCUCUGUAUAUCAGUAGCAUUACUUACUCAAAUAGCUUAGUACGUUUGGAUGCAGAUUUGACCGCAGUUUGGUUGUGUUGAUUUGGGCAACGGGAGGCGGGUGGUGACUUGAACUGAACAUUUCGUGUUGAAUAAAUCGCUGUAAAGUUUCACAUAGAGAGUAGAGCCAGUUUUGUAUCCAGUUUACCUUUCACACACUGCAAAUAAAUAGUCUAUACUAGUUUAAGCCUUUUGAAUUCAGCAUGUUGAGCCUAAAGCUGCACUGUGUCGCUUUUCUGUCGAAGCGCUUACAUCCUGCUCGUCUCCGUGGUGAUGUUAUUUUGCCUGGAAUGUUUCACAGUAUGGCAUUAAUUGCAUCUGUCCCCACCAGGAUUAUGUUACAGGUCAAAUUUAUAUAAUGUGUUUUAGGCUAUAACACACAAUAACAAGAUGGAUGCGUUUAAUCCCAUACUGCGGAACAUUCCAGAUAAAGCCAUAACAUCACCAUGGAAACGGUGUUGUUAUGGAAAGUUACACAGUGCACAGGCCUUGAUAUUUGACUUACUGGUCUUUUCGAACUCAAUCGGAGCCAAUGGGUUAAGAGAUUUGCGUAUUUCUAUCGUUAAGUUGUUUUGAAAGUCAUUUUGAAACUAGAACAGAUCAUAAAACAUGUAAAAAUACUCAUUAAUAUUUUGAUUUCAAGUCGUUUUAUCUCGCGCUCUACUUUUUUGCAGCACACGCCUCCUUCGAUUGACAGCGGAAAAGCGUCUAACUUUAGCGUUUAACCUUAGAGUGACACUAGCGGCAGAUAAGGUCAAAAUAAACCCAUAGAUUUUCAUUUAAUUCACUUUAUUUGUCUUCAGGUGAAAGGGAUUGGGCGUAUUUCGAUAAUCAUUUCUCGUUUGUUGUGAGUUUUUUUUGCGAAAGUUAUUUUUCUUGACAUAUUUUUCAUUUUUAAUCUUUUCUUGCCAUUUUUUGAGUGAGCCAAGGCCCUGAUGCAGACUUGAAACAUCGGGAAUAUUGACAAUGUUUAUCUUUACAUAGCAGUAUUUUUUAGCUAACCAUGCUAACACAAAAUCUCACAUCUCCCCCAGGUUAAAAUGGAAAAGUAUACACGUUUUGGACCUAAAUUAUGGGUUUAUUUUUAGCAGGCUAGGCCACUCCUUGGUUCCAGAAGUAAAUAUUUCCCAUUCAUUUUUCCCAUGGACUUAACAAAAAAGUAUAUUUAUUAAAAGUUUGGAGGCUCGCUCAUGGCUAAUCAGCUUCAUGGUAACUAAUGACAACAAGAUCUAUCAUUUUGUUUAAAACAGUUGAUGAAUCUUUAUUAAAAAAACAAAAAACUGGCAAGUUAGUAAACAUUUCACUGAAUUUUGUGCUUUUUAAACGUAAACAACGUAAUAACGGAUAUAUAUUAGCACGUAGCUGGUUAGCCUCUGCCUUUGAACUCUUAAUAUUUGAGUUUUUCUGAAACUCUGGGGAAAAAUUAAUGGAAAAUUUACUGCCAGAGCAGACUUCGAAGUGGGCGGGACUGUGGAAAAUGGCCGCUGCUUUGGCCUGACGUUGCCACGGAAACAAGAAAUUGUACAACGAUGAUUUUUACUUGAUUUAGUUUUUCGUUUGCUUCACUCCCCAAAGUUUUCCAAAAAAAGCCUUUAAUUUCAGAUCAUUUUUUAAGGACUUUGUGAAUGAUUAUUUCUCAUCGCAGCUUCAUUUAAAUCAUUUAUUAAAUCACAACGAGGUUUUAUUUGUAUAUAUAUAUAUAAAAAAAUAAAAUAAAAAAUGUAAUCUGUUGUUUUUGUCCGAUCUGCUAAAACAAACGUUUAAAAUUUCUACCUGGUUUGGACAAAGGGUCGCACUGCAAAAAUGAAAUUAAAAUAAUCAUUUGAGUUGAUUUGACUGGUUUAUUUACUUUGUCUAAACUAAAGUUACAUGUUUUUGAUGGAGUUUUGAGUUGGUCUUUAAAACCCGCCGUCCACUGCAGGAUUUUGGGCGUCUGAGAUGAUUCUGUUGUACGACUAAAAACUGACAAUUUUUUUUUUUUCCCCCAACCAAGUUAUGCCACAAAACUGACCAUUUUGCCUCGGUGGCUAUGCUAGUAAUUGUUCACGUUUAUCAAGUUAAGAUUAGCAACAGUUAGGCUAGGAACAGUUAACUUAGGAACAGUUAGGCUAGGAAUAGAUAUUUUAGGAACAAUUAGGCUAGGAACAGUUAGCUUAGGAACACUUAGGCUAGGAACAGAUAGUUUAGGACCACUUAGCUUAGGACCACUUAGGCUAGGAACACUUAGGCUAGGAACAGUUAGCUUAGGAACAGUUAGCUUAGAAACAGAUCUUAUCGGCCAUCAAUUUCUCUGGAUUCUAAACAAUCGGCAUAGACUAUGAAAAAACCCAUAUCGGUCAAUCUCUACCAAAUUAACUGUUCCUAAUCAAACUGUUCCCAAGUAAAGACUAGAAAAAAUGAAACGUCGCAGCGACCGUUGAUAUCGCUGUGAUAAAGAUGUUUCGGGAAUCUUGGUCGCAAAAUGAGCUCCUCAGGUUAACCGCAGACGAGCUCUAUCGUGAACGUUACCCUCUCUCCAAAUUUCACUUCAAUUUACAAACUUUUACAAACGCAAAAACACAGCUAGCAUGUAACGCUAGCCUUAGCUAACCAGGGGCUAGAAGUGACUUUACCACACUGCGCUUAGAGCCUGAUACUCGCUCAGACAAACGUGGUCGUAGCCAUGACUGACUGUCCUCAUGCCUUUUCGAGUGACGUCCAAAGAUCCUGCAGUGGACACCCGGCGUACAACAAAAAAUACAAUAUUGUUUCCUGAAUGAGGAUUUUAAUUUUGAAAUAGCAAAACUACAAAUCCUCAAACUGAUGAUUCCUCUUAAAACAACUCAAUUUUGAUACAUUUCCUGAAUUCAAAUCAGUUUUGCUCAUGUAUAUGUUAUUUAUAUUUUUGCAGUGCUCUUAAAACUACUGCGGAGAAAUCUGCCAUUCAGAGCCAUAGCGCCCUCUGUAGGUGAAUGCGCACACCCCCUCCGCACAACACUGGAUGUAACAGACCCAGAGGCAAACAGGAUAUCUACUCUCUCACAAACUCCAAUAGAUCCAUGACUCUCUUGCACAAAAACCCAGACAUUUGUGUGGACUUCUUCUUGUGCACUUGCAUGCUUGAGUGAGGCUGUUUCGGUGCACACUUCCACUCUGCCUACAGUGCCCCCUGCUGGCUCCUGGGUUGCAUUUACUCGAUGUUUAAAAUUGAGGUGGAGGGCCUUUUCGGAGUGUUUAUGGUGGAGGCUACUGCUGCUAGUUUUAAAAUACACAUGAUUUAAAGUCUUUUGUCAGCACAAAAAUAACUUAUAUUUGAGUUUAAGUAAAGCUGCCAUCUGUAAAUUGGAUUUAAAAUGAAAACUAAAUCAGGAAGUUUGUCGGCGAGUAAUACGUUUUUGUUUAGAGCUACUAUCCGAACUGUAUUUUGGGACGCCUCAUAGCUCCCGAGGUUUCUAUUCUGUCAGGCCCAAUCUGGCACAUUAUUAGACAGUAGUAACGUAGACAGCCUCUAGUGGUGACAUGUGAGAAUACAAGUGGACCAGGUCAGCCAAUCUAAUUCCAAAUGGUAGCUUUAAUGCGUCUUUCAGUAUAAUAAUCUAAACGUGGUUGUAUUUCUUACAUAGGCGCUUGUACAGACGGUUUGUGGACCUGAAAACAUACAAUUUGGUUUCAAUAAUUGUGGAUUUUUUUUUAUAUAUUUGCUUUUAAAAUGUGAUUCUGAUCGUGCCCUCCAUCUCAAGUUUUCACAUGGUUUUUGUAGAACAUGAACGCAGCGUAUUUCAGCAUGGACGCGCCGGCAGACUUUUGUAAUGACUUCUGUAUUUGGUACUUUGGUGUAUGAUACCGACCCGUGGGUUACCAAGUUUUUAUUUUCCGAUUGAAAAGCUCAUCUUCACUGGUCUUAUUUUGAUCACCUGUCGGAUGUUUUUCUUUGCAUUGUGAAGUGGGCAUGCUUGUCACACAGACAAAUGCUCUCUAUUAAUAGGCUUAUAACCUCAUAAAUAGUUGUGUAUAAAAUAAACUGUUAUAACUUCUUUUUUAAUAAAAUAUUCAAUGUGUA